AUGCGGCAACGACGAUGGAUCGAACUGGUAAAUGAUUAUGACUGUGAAAUCUUUUACCAUCCGGGGAAAGAUAAUGUGGUAGCAGAUGCUUUGAGCAGAAAGGAAAAGAGUGGUACGAUUAGAGCUAUAGCUAUGAGAAGGAAUCUUUUUCCAGAUCUUCACAGUGAAUAUGCAAAGUGUCAAGGGGAAGCAGUCAAAGAAGAUAAUUUCAUAAAUGAACAAAUGCAAAGACAUAGCAAGAUAUGCAGAGCGAUGUUUGCGUGUCUGCAAAUAAAAGCUAAACAUCAAAGACCCUAUGGGAAUCUACAGUCUUUAGAGAUUCCUGUGUGGAAUGAAGUGGGUGAAAAAAAAUUAACUGGGCCAGAAAUUGUUCAAGUCACUUCUGAGAAGACUGAGAAAAUUAGAGAAAAUAUUAAAACAGCUCAAGACCGUCAGAAGAGUUACGCUGACAGACACCGUAAGGCGAUUGAAUUCUUUGUAGGAGAUCAUGUGAUGUUGAAAGUUUCAUCGUGGAGAGGGGUAGUCAUAUUCGGUAAUAAAGGUAAGCUCAGUUCAAGAUACAUUGGGCAAUUCAGAAUCUGCAAGCGAAUUGGAAUAGAUGCGUAUCUGUUAGAACUAUCAGAGGAGCUUAGUUCGAUCCAUAACACUUUCCACAUGUCUAAUUUACGGAAGUGUUUGGUAGAUCCGAGUCUAACAGUGCCAGUACCAGAAGCCAGACUAGACAGUAAGCUGAACUUUGUGGAAACACCAAAAGCAAUAACUAAUUGGAAAACCAAGGUUCUGCGGAAUAAAGAAAUCAGUCUGAUGAAAGUUCAGUGGCAUCAUGACAAAGGUUCUGAGGCAACCUGGGAGUUAGAAUCUGAAAUGAGAAUCGAAUAUCUGUGGCUAUUUGAUUGA